AUGUACCCAUCAUUAUUAAUAGAUAAACAAUUAAAUUCAACAUUUACAAUAAGAUUACUUAAUACAGGUGAAGAUAUAUCAGAAGAUCUAUGUCGUAUACUACAUACAUUUACAGUAAUUCUUUUAUUAAUUAGUCGUUAUGUUAGUAAAUUAAAUUUACUUGAUUAUUUUUAUUCAGUAUUUUUUGGAAAAAAUUCUAUCGUUUCGUUUUUUUAA